AUGAGGAUGCAGUUUACAGAAAAGAACCACAAUAGUUUUAUGAUACAGGCCCUUAACAAACAAAGAAAGAACAAGGAAUUUUGUGAUGUGGCUCUCAGUGUGGACCAGACCGUCUUCUAUGCCCACCUCAAUGUCUUAGCAGCUAUGUCUUCCCAUAUAAGGAGUCUGAUAUCCAGCAAUGACAUGAAAGCAGAUGAUGAACUCUUUAUUAUCAUUGAUGCAAAAUUUCUGAGCUCUACCUUAAUGGAGGAAUUGCUUGAUUACUUCUAUACUGGGAAGAUUGUGAUUUCAGAGAAGAGUGUGGAAGAACUCCUGAAAGGAGCCAAGUACUUCGGUUCCCAAACUUUAAAAAGCCACUGCUCUGACUUCCUCAUCCGGUCCCUCAAAAAGGAGAACUGCCUCCAGUACAUUCUCCUAGCCACUACAUAUGACCUGAAGGAGGUAAGGAAUGCUGCCUAUGAUGGGAUACGAGACAACUUUCAUUACUGGGUAGGGCCUCAGGGCAUAUCAGAUUUUAUGCACUGCCCUUACUACAUCUUCAGCAGACUGCUUAAGGAUGAGAAUCUUCAUGUGCAAAAUGAAGACCAGAUCUUUCUUGCUCUCCUUCAGUGGGUAAAAUACAAAAAGAAUGAAAGGGAGAAGCAUUUUAAAAAGUGCUUUGCCUAUAUACGCUUAACGGCAGUUUCUACCAAGACGCUACUUGCAGGCUGUCGGGAAGUGUUGCUCUUUGCAGACCACACUGGACCUCUGUCCCGGAUAGAGGGCGUGCUGAGUGAACGUAAACAAGGAAAUCCUCAAAGUUUGAUGCUUCAACAGAGGAAGGGGGCAUUGAUGGACUCAGUAGUAAUCUUGGGGGGACAAAAAGAGCAGGGUAAAUUCAACAAUGGAGUUUUUGCAUAUAUCAUUGGAGAGAAUAUCUGGCUGAAACUCACAGAAAUGCCUUACAGAGCAGCUGCACUCAGUGCAGCCUCGUUGGGGAAAUACAUUUAUGUCUCUGGAGGAACUACUGAGCAGAUCUCUGGGCUGAAGACUGCAUGGAAGUAUGAUAUGGAUACCAAUACAUGGAUCAAACUUCCAGAUCUACCAAUUGGUCUUGUUUUCCACACCAUGGUGACUUGUGGAGGAGCAGUGUACUCUGUAGGGGGUAGUACAGCCCCAAGAAAGUAUAUUUCCAGUAUCUACAAGUAUGAUGAAGGGAAAGAGAAGUGGACUCUUGCUGGGAAGAUGAGUAUACCUAUGGAUGCAACUGCGCUCAUCACCAAGGGAGACAAGACUAUUUACAUUGUGACAGGGAGAUGUCUGGUAAAUGGGCGCUUUUCACGAGUAGGUGUGCUGGACUGCUUUGACACUGAGACCCGGAAUGUGGUCCAGUACAUCACUUUUCCCAUUCAGUUCAACCAUAAGCCCUUGCUGUCUUUUCCACAGGAGAACAUUUUGAGUGUACAGAGCCACAGAGAGAGCAUGGAAAUAAAUCUGCAGAAGAUUAAAAUUAGCAAAUCCUCAAGCCUUGUGCCUCUGCUGCCAAAUAACUAUAGUCUGGAUCUGUCACAUGCAGUGUGUUCUAUUGAGAAUAACAAAGUGUUUGUAUGCGGUGGACUCAUUUGUCCAGGUGACAAACGUCCAGAGGAGUAUUCUAUCAAUCGGCAAGCAUAUAUGUUAGACCAAAACACUGGGGAAUGGAGGACUUUAGCUGAGCCCCCAGAAGCUCUUGAUUGUCCUGCUUGCUGCACAGCUAAGUUACCAUGCAAGGUUCUCCAAAAAACUGUAGUCAAUUAA